UUCAUGGAAGAUGAUUUGAUAGCGAGACAAAUUACUCCGAUACGCAGGAAGGUAUAUUCGUAAACGGUACCAUGAUGGUAUCUAGGUGAUCGAGUGUUGGACACAAGAAGGAUUGGCUGGCACACUGUUUUGAGUGUUUGAUUUAGUAUUACAUGAAGUUAAUCAAAUCUACAAGACAUGUUGAAUUAUUUGAAGACUUUUUCGUUUCAAGUUGGUUUACCCUAUAUUUUACUGCUGCUUUCGUGUCUUAUGUUUGACGAGGCCAUGAAGAUUUCGUGGAUCAACACUGAACCCUAUAUUAGGGCGCUUCUUGACAAUUUUGGUCAUGCAUUCAUUGCCUGCUUAUCUUGGUUGGCUACUGUUGGUGUGAGUCGUCGUGGUAUUAUUCAGGGAAUUGGAUGCGGUGUUCUUGCUUCGGCUGUGGAUAUUGAUCAUUUCUUCUGGGCAAAAUCCUUCAGUUUACAGGAGGUCUUGUCUUUGUCAUCCAGGCCACCCCUACAUUCAACAUCCAUCCUUAUCCCAUUAUUACCUUUGGUCAGUAUUUUGUCCUACAAUUAUGCAUCUUUAUCGAUAUUACCCUUCAUGGUAACUGUCUCGGUCAUAACACAUCACUUGAGAGAUGGUGUACGAAGAGGUUUAUGGUUUUGGCCAAUGAAUAGCACCCCUGUAUUACCUUACUGGAUUUAUCUACUUGUCAUUAUGCUCUUGCCAAUGUUAACAUCGGUUGUUCAACAUAAAACAUGUGUGAAUAAUACUAUUCACACGUGGAAUUGUGUAAUUGCCCAAAAAAUGGUUCAUAAUACUUAUGUACUCAGGUGUACUUGAUUUUAAACCUAUGUACUCAUGUGUACCUGAUUUAAAACCUAUGUACUCAGAUAUACCUGAUUUCAAGCCUGUGUACUCGAGUGUAUUUCAAACAGUGCCACUCGUUUCAGAUUAUUUAAUGUAUUUUUAUGACUUACUGGUCCUAUAUGCAUUCCAUGUGAACUGUAUGUUUCCCAUAUGCCAAUAUUUAUUAUAAAAUAUAUUACAGAAUUGAAA